CAUGAACAACUUUGACUGAAUUUCUUCUACGAACCCAUUUAAUCACUGUGGCUGCUAAGCUCCCCAAAGUCACACGUAAACUUCUACCAUUCAAGCAGAGCUCCUUCCCGGCCCCCAAGACAUACAGUAGUCCAAUACUCCGCCAGUUCACACGUCCAGUAUCAAACCACCACCCUUCGUCGCAUGCUGCCUCCCCCUUCCACAGCAAAAUGGCGGACCACAUAACCUCCAAGCUAAACCCCGAAACACAUCUCAUCCUCGACCAACCCCUCCUCCGCCUCCCCUUCGAGCUGCUCCGCAAGAACUUCAAAGUCGCCCACUUCAACGUGGAAAAAGAAUCGACCGCCGUCAAGAUCACCCUGAAAGAAACUGCCACCACCUCUCUAACCAACAAUGCCUCGCCCGACGAAGUGCUCAAAUCCGUCGACUCGAUGCUGGCACGAAUGCGGGGUCUAAAACGCAAGCUGAACGCAUGCUCGGAGGAAGAAAAUCGUUUACACCAGCAAUCACAGAGUCGGAUAAAGUAUUUGGGGGAGUUGUAUGGCAUGCAGAGUCUGGAUGAUGUGAAGUAUGAGGAGUGGAGCAGGACGCGGUUGGAUCGGUUGUUGGUGGAUUAUCUGUUAAGGAAUGGGUAUAACGAGAGUGCGCAGGCGCUGGCGAAGGAGAAGGGCAUCGAGGAUUUGGUGGAUGUGGAGACUUUUGUGCAGAUGAGUCGGAUACGGGAGAGUUUGCAGAAAGGGGAGGUCAAGGAAGCGUUGGCGUGGUGUGCGGAGAAUAAGAAGGAUUUGAGGAGGAUGGAGAGUAAUCUUGAAUUCAUGCUCAGAUUCCAGCAAUAUAUCGAGCUGGUACGGACGCAAGAUCAGAACAAACUCCUCGAAUCGAUAGCACAUGCCAAGAAGUUCCUCAUCCCGUUCCGAGACAGCUACCCAAAAGAAGUCCAACAAGCAUGCGGUCUCCUCGCUUUCCCCCCUAGUACAGGAGCAGAAGCAUAUAGCGAACUCUACAGCCAAAGCCGCUGGGGCACUCUCUCAACCCUUUUCAUGCAAACGCACAACAACCUUCUCUCUCUCCCCUCCGUCCCUCUCUUACAUAUCGCGUUAUCCGCCGGUCUCUCAGCCCUCAAGACACCAUCCUGCCACUCCUCACAUAACACAGUCUCAACAUCCAUCUCACCGACAUCUUCGUCCUCACUCACUACGUCCGUCUGCCCAAUCUGCUCUACGGAGCUGAAUGACCUGGCGAGAAAUGUGCCGUAUGCACACCACACCAAGAGCCACGUAGAGAGCGACUUGGUGCUAUUACCUAAUGGCUGCGUGUAUGGACUGCAGAGGUUGGAGGAGUAUAGUCGGAAAGCAGGCCUGGAUCCUGGUUUGGUCAAGGAUUUGAGGAAUGGGGAGGUAUUUGAAGUGGAGCGGGUGAAGAAAGUUUAUAUCUCAUAGACUGAGAUUGUACUAAUCAAUGAACAUAACGAAGAAAUGCAAAAUUCUACUUCAGGGGAAGUGCCCACUCCCGACUCUCCGAGAAGUUUAUUGUGCUGUUCUUGGCGGUAUUUCUGAGCACAAUUAACGUGGCGGAGCAGUUGGGCCAUCGUUCAAUACGCUCAAUCAAGCAUUGCACCAGUCUAUCAUCCACUUCGACCACGACCUCCAAACUUAUGUGGCUCGCAGUCCCCGGCUCCCCUACGUUCCUGAAAGUUGUUCUCACGACAAGUCAGAAGUCAACUCUGCAUAAAAUUUCACAUAAGAUGGCCUCACCAACCCAAAGAAGUCUCUUGUUCCUUUCUCGUUGUUAGACAGCCUGCCUUUGUCAAUAGUCUUCAUGUUUCGGCGAAAUACUUUAAACAAUCAGACUAAUAUAGAUGCUUCUCGUCCUG